AUGUACUUGAGAAGAACACUCUUCAAUCUUACAAAAAAGUAUGCUGUUUUAUACUUGAAUUGUGUACAACAACAAAGUUUACAUUCGUAUUAUGUAGACAAAAAUUAUGUCCCUUCGUUAAUUGUAAUACACGCACUUCGGUACUCGAGUGACAGCUCGUUGAAAUGUUGGAAUUGUAAUUUUACACAUAAAUCAGAUUUGUUUUGCAGCAAAUGCAAAGUUUUACAAGUACCGCCCGAAAAUGUAACUUAUUUCGAUAUAAUGGCCAUCUCGAAAAGUUACGACGUUACGUUUCUGGACGUCCAGAAGAAGUAUAAAGAACUACAAAAACAAUUACAUCCUGAUAAAUUUAGUAACAAGUCUGAGAAAGAAAAACAACUUUCUGAGACUCUAUCAUCAUUAGUAAAUGAGGCUUACAGUACAUUAAUUCAUCCACUAAAAAGAGGAUUAUAUAUGCUCAAAUUGAAUGGCAUAACAAUAUCAGAAGGAACAGAUAAUGUGGAUCCAGAGUUUUUAAUGGAACUUAUGGAAAAAAAUGAGGAAAUAGAUGAUGCAGAAGAUAAUGAAGAGAAAAUCAACAAGCUGGUGCAAGACAAUCAGUCUGUACUAAAUAAAUUAACAAUGGAAAUAGCAAAUGCAUUUAGGCAAAAUGACAUCAAGAAGGCAGAAGCCCUUCUUAUAAGAAUGAAAUAUUAUGAUACUAUUAAUAAUAGAUUGAAGAAAUUAAAACAUGACUUAGGUAUAAUAGAAUAA